AUGGCCAUUGAGGAUGACGACAUCAAAGAUAAAGAUGUCUGGACUGGUGUAGCACGACAUUGGUAUUCAAAAGCUUCAGAUAAAGCUCCUACAACUGGUAGAUUGUAUCAUCACCUUGCAAUUUUGGUACAACCAAAUGCUCUUCAGCAAUUGUAUUACUACACAAAGUCGUUGUGUGUUCUAGUACCUUUCACGUCUGCACGAGAAUCGAUACUUACACUCUUCGAUCCUGUCCUCAAUGCUGAGAAUGGGCAAGGUCAGUAUCGAUUGCCAUCUUUGGAUACUGCAUUUAUCCGAGCUCACGGGCAUUUGUUCACGAACAGAAACAUGGAAAGGUUUGAACCUGCAGUAAAGGAGUUCCUCGGAUUACUUGACACCCAAAUCGGCCGAGUAACCAAGAAAUUCAUAGAGCAAGGCUGCUAUAUCGCCGUAUCUAACAACGUUGCGAUGCUUGGAUUUGCGUCUAAAGAAAAUCCACUCAUAAAAGCUAUUGAGUCUUCUUCGGGAGACGAGACAGCCGACGUUGAUAUGGAUUCUGUUCAGGACGACAUUUCUCCCUCCAUGAUAACAUUCAAAUACGCACAGAAUCUCAGUAAUUCUGCAUUGGAGAUUGUAUUGCAGAGAAUAGGGGACCCAAAUGUUCUCCCCUUCAUUCACGUCUCUCUUGUUUUCAUGUUUCGCAUGUCUCAGUUUUCAGGUGCAAUGGAUAUCUUGGUACCGACGUUUCCUUGGCAAUCUCUGGCUAUCAUGCUUAAUACGUUACUUAAGUCCUACAAGACCUUUAGCUGCAUUGAGGAUAAGAAAUUCCCAUUGCCAGAGAAAGAUGACGUCCGCCCCUUUCCUGAAGAUUUUGGAAUGCGCGGUUUACUAUGGGCAGAGAAAUACUUCCCUGCAAGAUGGUUCCUCAACGAGAAGAGUGAUGAAGAAGAGAAAUAUCACGAGCUUCCAUCUAUGCUCGAUCAACGCAAAGAACGCAUAUUAUGGCUAGCUUGUCGUGUUGCAGAUGCCGGUCCAUGGAUUAACUUCGAUAGUUCCAAGCCAGAGUUUUCUGUUCAGAGUAAUGAUACAGAUGUGGAGUCCUUGACCUUCGCUCCAGCGACUACUGAUGACACCGUUACAAGAGCAGAAACUUAUCCUAAUGCUGAAGAGGACAUGUCAUCGGUCACAAUGACUGCAGCAGAUACACCUCUUCAUGAAUGA